AAAAAGUUCAACAUUGAAGUACAAACUUUACAGCCUUUACGUGAGUUUCUUGCACAACUGAAAGAAGAAGGUAGUCAGCCACAACUUAUAGACUUUCAUUAUGAAUUUAAUGAAAAUGAAGAUGGAACUCAUGACUGUCAGUUUGUUAUAUAUUCACCAUUCAAUGAAGUAGCUAAAGAGAAAGAAAAUCCAUUACGUAUAAGGUUUCAAAUCUCUGAACCCAAUGAAGAUUUCAAGAAUGUUUUCAAUUAUGAUGCAAUGCUUCCGAGGAAAAAUGAAUUUUCAAAGAUUGUAACACCAGGCAUUUGGGAUAGAAAGCAAGCUAUAUUAUAUUCAAACUUAAGUAAGGGAGUUGAAAAUGAGUUCAUUGGUCAUACAAGAACUUCACCACUUCCUAACCCUAAAUACUAUAAAUUAACUGGCUUCAAUCGUGAGUUUUGGAUAGACAUGUUCUCCACUCAUGACCAUAACUGCCCAGUGUUCUUACCUCCAGACCAUAAGGACUGUCUCUACAUUGAAGCACAACUCUUAAACUCUACCAUCGCAGUAUUGUAA